CCUUCCCUCUGGUGUCGCCUGUUGCUCACUGUUCUAUAACAUUGUGUUGCAGCAAGAAAAGCAAUGAGGAAUGGCAUAUCCCCCAUAAUUAUUGAUAAUACCAACCUCCACGCCUGGGAAAUGAAGCCCUAUGCCGUCAUGGCGCUUGAAAAUAACUAUGAAGUUAUAUUCCGAGAACCUGACACUCGCUGGAAAUUCAACGUUCAAGAGUUAGCAAGAAGAAACAUUCAUGGCGUCUCAAGAGAAAAGAUACACCGGAUGAAAGAGCAGUAUGAGCACGACGUCACCUUCUACGGCGUGCUGCACGCGGAGAAGCCGAGCCGAGCGGGCAGGGCGCGGGACAGGACGGCCGCCUCGCCGCCCGCCGCCGCGGGGCUCUGGGGCGCCUGCGCCCGCGUCCCGCGCCGCGCAGCUCCCGGGGGCUGCCCGCAGCCCAGCGCCUUCCGCAGGAGGGGCGGCUGCCACCACGGAGCUGUAAUUCCAGUGCAGAAGUGAUGUCCCUCGCCAACAGGUGUCCGGCAGAGCGACGCUACGUGCAGAGUCUGAUGUGCGGAAUUCUGCAGAGCCGAGUAAACAAAGCCUCUAGGGAAAGAACGGAUUUGAAACUGAAACCUGAAAACCGAAGAACAUGACCAGCCCUCCAGGUUCAUAAAUGAAAUAAAGUGUUUAUAAUAUAUCUAUAAGCUUCAGGACCACUUUGUCUGAAGUAAUCUAUUUUUUCAGGAAAUUCAUCUCUAUCAGGAACCUGGGAGAGGUGGGGAAGGCGAGGUGGGCGGCAGGAAACAUUUUAGUGCCAAUGCUACUUGGAUAAUCCUCGUGUCAACAACGUGAGCUGGGUGGCUGUCACGGGGAAUAUGGAUUUUUCUUUACAAUGAAUAUGCUAGAAAGAAACACCUAACUGAAUAUUGUCCUUCGAAGUGGAUACUUUGGGAAAUUAUUCCUUUAUUCUAGCGAUGUAUUGUUAAAAAUGUCUAUUGGAUUCUUCUUAAGUAUACAAGUAGUGUCAUUAUUUAAAGUCAUACCUUGUGUUUUAACUACCACUUUACUGAACAGGAUUAAACCUGAAUGACUUUUGGCUGCUGUGCUAACAGCAUAAAUAAAACAAGCCUGCCUUUAUAAAAUAUCAAUUUUUAAGAUGAAUAAUUAAGCGAUUUAAAAAAUCAUGCCUAUAAAAAAUAUGGGAUCAAUUGGCAGCCCAAAUAUUUGGGAAUGCAAGGGAUUAAUCCCAGGAUAUAAAUCAUAUAGGAAUGUGUAAAAGCCAUGCUCAUUGUGAGAUGGGCAGUCUUGGUGUUUUAUGUGGCAUUAUUUAAGACACUAAAGUUCAACCACAACUCUGGAAUGGCCCUCUUAUAUAAGUAAUUCAUGAACCCAAAUUAAAUCUCAGCAGGUUGGAGUAAGAUUCAUUUGGUGUGAGAUCACGAUAGCUGACCAUGUAGGAUAUGUUUUAUUUCUUGUUGGCCAACAGCUUCUUUCUAAUGUUUUGUGAAGUAUUAUUUUAAGUGUCCUAUAUAAUGGUGCUUUUAUGGUUAUUAAAAAUUAUGUAUGCUAUUGCUUUA